AUGUCUAAGCCCCUGUCUCAUCAGCAAGAGUCCUAUGAACCGGAUAUCACGAGUUCGUCAUCUCGGCAUAGCUCAGUGACGAGCAUGCUGGACGAUGAGACCAGAGAAAGUACCCAUGAAGCUGUUCGACUAUUUCUUGGUCAACACGACCUAGUGCCAUGGUCUGCGAUAUUCUACAAGGCAUCUCUCAUUUUGCAGGGUGAUUCGCCACCAGAAGAGAUCGAGAACAUUACCCAUGACGAACUGCAGGCAUUGCAUAACGAGGUUCAACGGAAAUGGCACCAGCCAAAGGCACUGUACUUCACCAUCCUCGUCUGCUCGAUCGCCGCCAUCGAGCAGGGAUGGGCGCAAACAGGGAUGAAUGGAGCCAAUCUGACAUUUCCCAAAGCCUUUGGUAUCGGCUCCAAUAGCAGCCAUGACAACUUUCUCGUUGGUCUCAUCAACAGCGGUAACUACCUCAGCGCCGGCUUACUGGGUGCAUGGUUGUCCGACCCGAUCAACAAUCGACUUGGCCGUCGCGGAGCUAUAUUUGUCGGAGCGAUGUUCUGUCUGUUGGCAAAUUUCGGAGCUGCUCUCAGUGCAAACUGGGUACAGCUUUUACUGUUUCGUAUUGCUCUCGGUAUAGGACUGGGCAUCAAUGCAAGCACAGUAUCAGUUUUUGCCGCUGAAUGUGCUCCGGAGAGGAUUCGAGGUGGCCUCGCAGUUUCGUGGCAAUUGUGGACAGCUUUUGGAAUAUUCGUGGGCUUUGUAGCCAACGCUGCAGCCUACAAUUUGAAAAGCGAAGCUUGGAGAUGGCAGCUUGGUGGUCCUGCCAUUCCCACAAUUCCCCUGCUUUUGACGGUCUACCUAUGUCCAGAAUCUCCACCAUUUAUGAUAAAGCAUAGCAGCCGUUAUGAUCGCGCAUUUCACUCACUCUGCAAGCUGAGGAACACCGAGUUGCAGGCAGCAAAGGAAGUGUAUUCUGCUUUCCUCCAACGACGAGCCAGAUUUAAACUGCCACCCACUGAAGUGUCUCUCCUCACAAAGGUGCUAGAGCUCUUCACCAUCCCGCGCAUUCGACGAGCGACAGCCGCAGCAUAUGUUGUCCAGCUUUCACAACAGUUAUGUGGCAUCAAUAUUAUCUCAUUCUAUUCUUCUACUGUACGUAUGACCUAUUGCUUGCGAGGCUCUAUCGGUCCUAAGGUUGAUUCACUAAGAUGUUCUGACACCAUUUGUGCCUUUACUCCGCAGAUUUUCUCUGACGCUGGCUUUUCAACAUAUGGAGCUCUCCUGGCUUCCUGUGUCUUUGGCUUUGUCAAUUGUCUCGGAGCUUUUCCUGCUAUAUGGACCAUGGACACCUGGGGUCGACGAUCUUUGUUAUUGAUGACUCUCCCACUGAUGGCCAUCACAAUGUUUGCCGCUGGACUCAGCUUUCGUAUUCCUUCAGAGAGUCCGGCUCAUCUCGGGGUUCUUGCCACAUUAAUCUACUUGUUCUGCGCCCUCUAUUCGCCAGGGAUGGGGCCCGUUCCGAGCACAUAUUGCGCAGAAGUCUUUCCGCUUUCCCAUCGAGUGGUGGGAAUGUCUUUUGCCGUCGCAACGGCGAAUUUCUGGGCCACCAUUCUUUCCUUGACAUUCCCACGCAUCUUGACUGCACUCAAGUCUGAGGGGGCAUUCACUCUCUAUGCAAUGUUGAAUGUCUUGGCUGUGGUGCUAGUCUUUCUUUUCCUCCCUGAGACUCGGCUGAAGACACUGGACGAAUUAGAUGAAGUCUUUUCAGUUCCCUCGCGGGUAUUCAUGCAGUAUCAGCUGACAGAAUAUCUCCCCUACAUAGUCAGGCGAUAUGUACUGAGGAAGGAAGGGACUAGUUUGAAAGAGCUGACACUUGAACGAGAAUACCACGAGCUUGAUCAGGAGGAAGACCACACGGAGGAUAUCUAG